AUGCAGCCCGUCCACACGGCAUGCCCCGAACCCCGAUGCAACUGCUGUUGCUGUCCACCUCCUCGGGGAGCUUCCUUCACCAUCGAGGCCAUCCUGGGCCUCCGACAAAUUCCCAGGGAUGCUCCCGCGCCCCGGUCUCCCGAUUCCUCGACGACGGCGGCUGCCCCCGUCAGCAACGAGCAGACGUCCCCGGAACAGAACAGUCGACGCAAGAAAGGCAAGCGGGUUCGCACCAUCUUCACCGCGGAGCAACUCGAGCGGCUCGAAGCGGAGUUCGAACGCCAACAGUACAUGGUCGGACCGGAGCGACUCUACCUGGCAGCUGCCCUACGACUGACGGAAGCUCAAGUGAAAGUGUGGUUUCAGAAUCGUCGUAUUAAGUGGAGAAAACAGCACCUCGAUCUGCAGCAUAGACUGGCUGGAAAGCUGCCGUGA